UCUCCGGAGCAGCGCCAGCGCUCCGCGUCAGCCGCGCUUCCGGCUCCUAGCGUGGGGAAGUGACCGGGAGCGCCCUCUCCCCGCAGGGUCUGCCCGGGAGCGCCGCCCCCCUUAGCUUCCAAUUCGCCUCUGGUCUCACGCGGCCCUUCCCCGGCAGCUAUUGCCCCAGAGGCCUGGACACUGCCGCUCUCCCUGGUGCUGGAGCCCCCCGAGCGGCUCGAUAGCCCCGUCUGGGGGGCGCGGCUCGCUACGCGAAUUCGAUCGUUCCCCACCCGUUAAACGUCUCUUCCCCCUCCCCCGUUGCCGUGGGGCGGGCCCGGAGCCCACCCCGCUAUCGCCAUGCCCGCCGCGGCGGCAGCGCCGAUUAUCCGCUGCGUGCAGAAGCUGGUGCUAUACGAGACCCGAGCUCGGUAUUUUCUUGUUGGGAGUAAUCAUGCAGAGACCAAGUAUCGUGUUUUGAAAAUUGAUCGCACUGAACCGACGGAUUUAGUUAUAAUUGAUGAUAAGCAUGUGUACACACAACAAGAGGUGAGGGAACUUCUUGGCCGCCUAGAUCUGGGAAAUAGAACAAAGAUUGGACAGAAGGGCUCCUCUGGGUUAUCUCGAGCUGUCUCUGCUUUCGGUGUCGUAGGUUUUGUUAGAUUUUUAGAAGGCUACUACAUUGUGUUAAUAACAAAAAGGAGAAAGAUGGCAGAUAUUGGAGGGCAUGCAAUAUACAAAAUAGAAGAUACAAAUAUGAUCUACAUUCCAAAUGACACUGUACGAAUCACUCAUCCUGAUGAAGCAAGAUAUCUACGAAUCUUUCAAAAUGUGGACCUGUCUAGCAAUUUUUAUUUUAGCUACAGCUAUGAUCUGUCACACUCUCUUCAAUAUAAUCUUACCAUCCUGAGAAUGCCACUUGAGAUAUUAAAAACUGAAACAAUUCAGACUCGACAGGAGAGCUUUGAUAUCUUUGAAGAUGAGGGACUUACAGCACAAGGUGGAAGUGGUGUAUUUGGGAUUUGCAGUGAACCAUAUAAAAAGUACGUGUGGAAUGGUCAACUGCUGGACAUAGUAAAAAAUACUGUUCAUCAUGACUGGCUGUUAUAUGUUAUUCAUGGAUUUUGUGGGCAGUCCAAACUGUUAAUAUAUGGUCGUCCAGUGCAUGUCACUCUGAUAGCCAGAAGAUCAAGCAGAUUUGCUGGAACACGUUUUCUAAAGAGAGGAGCAAACUCUGAGGGGGAUGUUGCUAAUGAAGUAGAAACUGAACAAAUACUUUGUGAUGCUUCAGUGAUGUCAUUUUCUGCAGGGAGCUAUUCUUCUUACGUUCAAGUUCGAGGCUCAGUCCCACUAUACUGGUCUCAAGAUAUUUCGACUAUGAUUCCUAAGCCACCAAUUACAUUGGACCAAGCAGAUCCAUUUGCGCACAUAGCUGCACUUCACUUUGAUCAAAUGCUUCAGAGGUUUGGCUCUCCCAUUAUCAUUUUGAAUCUUGUGAAGGAACGUGAAAAAAGAAAGCAUGAAAGGAUUCUGAGUGAAGAACUUGUUGGUGCAGUGACAUAUCUCAAUCAGUUUUUACCCCCAGAACAUGCUAUUGUGUAUAUUCCUUGGGAUAUGGCCAAAUACACAAAAAGCAAACUGUGUAAUGUCCUGGAUAGAUUGAAUGUAAUUGCGGAAAGUGUAGUGAAGAAAACAGGAUUCUUUGUAAAUCGUCCUGAUUCCUACUGCAGCAUCUUGCGGCCAGAUGAAAAAUGGAAUGAACUGGGAGGUUUUGUUGUUCCCACUGGUCGCUUACAGACUGGUGUUCUUCGAACCAAUUGUGUUGACUGUUUAGAUCGCACUAACACAGCCCAGUUCAUGGUGGGGAAGUGUGCGUUAGCCUAUCAGCUCUAUUCUUUGGGGUUGAUUGAUAAACCCAAUUUGCAGUUUGACACAGAUGCUGUUAGGUUAUUUGAGGAGUUGUAUGAAGAUCAUGGAGACACACUUUCUCUGCAAUAUGGAGGUUCUCAACUUGUUCAUCGAGUAAAAACCUACAGGAAGAUAGCACCAUGGACCCAACAUUCCAAAGAUAUUAUGCAGACGCUCUCAAGAUAUUACAGUAAUGCUUUUUCAGAUGCUGACAGGCAAGACUCAAUUAACCUAUUUUUGGGAGUAUUCCAGCCUGCAGAAGGAAAACCUCAUCUUUGGGAGCUUCCUACAGACUUUUACUUGCAUCACAAGAACACUAUGAGUCUUUCACAGACCAGGCGAAGCUAUACCUACUGGUGGACACGAGGUGUAUUAAAUCAUUUACCACUGCCUUAUGAUGAGGUGACAUGCACUGAAAACAGAAGGAAGUUGAUAGUGAAGAAAUUUCACAAAUAUGAAGAAGAGAUUGAUAUUCACAACGAGUUCUUUCGGCCAUAUGAAUUAAGCAGUUUUGAUGACACCUUUUGCUUGGCAAUGACCAAUUCUAUACGAGAUUUCAUGCCCAAGAAUGUUGGAAUUGAUCCAAGUCCAUUUACAGUGCGGAAACCUGAUGAAACUGGAAAAUCAGUGGUGGGGAACAAAAGUAAUAGAGAAGAAACUGUGCUGCAGCGCAAAACAGCUGCUAGUGCCCCUCCUCCCCCAAGUGAGGAAGCAGUGUCAAGUAGUUCUGAGGAUGAUUCUGGGACUGACAAAGAAGAUGAGGGAGCUGUUUCUCAGCGUUCCACUCCAGUAAAGAUGACAGAUACAGGCGAUAAUAUAAAAAUAACAGAGAACAUAGUUCAGUCCAUGAAAGAUAUAUAUGGGAUUAACCUCUCAGAUGUUCCUUCAGAGGAUGACCUCACAAUAUAUACAAGGUUUGUUCAGUUGGGGCAGAAUCAACAUAAACAAGACAAGAACAACCAGCAGCUUUGUUCAAAACAUCGUCUAGAUGGGGUUAUAAAUAUAAUACACAUCUCCUCUUUUUCCCAAGACAACAUUUAUGAAGUCCAGCCUCCUAAAGUAGAUAAGAAAUCAAUUGAUAUCUUCCAUGCUCACAUUCAGGCUGGCAGAGGCACCAUGCAGCCACUGGUAAAAGAAGACAUCCUCAUGUACAGAGAGUACAUUAGAAACCGAUAUAUGUGAAAACAGACUGGAUUCAACUGCUUAGCAUUGCUGGAGCGAUGAUACAAAUCAAUUUAGAAAGCAAGUCCAAGUUCGGCUAUUUUGUGGUGGUAAAACAGCAGCAAUUAUUUAUCAACCUGUAUCUUUCUGAAUGAUUUCAUUUUUGAGAUAUUGUAUGCUUUGCAAAAAUAAAAAUGUGACUGAAGAUG